AUGAAUGGUUAUCGACAUUUUGACAAUGAAAUUGAUUUAAAUAUAAGAAAUUCAGCAGCUAUAUUACCUAUAACUGAUAUUGAUGAACCAUAUCAAUUAGAAUUUAAUCCACAAAUUUCAAUAUAUUCAUCAAAUAAAUUUAAAAUAUUUUUCUUACAUCGAACAUUACUUGAACGUUGUUUAUUAUUUUUAACAUGUCUUCUAUUAAUUAUUUUAAUUAUUUUAAUUAUUAUUUAUUAUUCACAUACAAAAGAAAAUUUAAAAAAUUCUAUAUGUUUAUCAUCAUCAUGUAUACAAGUCUCAUAUGAAAUUUCAUCUGGUAUGAAUCAAACAAUUGAUCCAUGUAAUGAUUUUUAUCAAUUUGUAUGUGGUCAAUGGAUUAAAAAAAAUUUUAUACCAAAAGGUCAUUCAUCAUGGUCAAUAUUACAUGAAUUAACACAAAAAAAUAUAAUUAUAUUAAAAAAUCUACUUGAACAAACAUCAAUAUCAUUAGUUACUAAUGCUGAAAAACAAGCUAUUGAAUAUUAUCAAUCAUGUAUGAAUAUAAAUGAAACUGAACAAUUAAAAAUAGAACCAUUAGAAAAAUUUUUUCAAAUUAAUUUAAAUUUUACAUUAAAACAAUGGAUUAAUUUAGAUAAAAACCAAACAUGGCAACAAUUAUUUAUUUAUUUAAUUAAAAUAUUUUCAAAUCAAUAUGAAUAUACAAAUAUAUUUCCAAUUAAAAUUGAUUCUGAUGAAAAAAAUUCAACAUGGAAUAAUAUUUAUAUUGAUCAACCGGAACUUAUGCUUAUGACUCGAGAUUAUUAUAUUAAUUCAACAAAAGAUAAUGAAAAAAAUCAAAAUAUUCGAGAAAAAUUUAGUGAAGUUGGUUCAGAUAUAUUACAAUUACUUGGUUUUGAAAAAAAUGAUUCAAGGCAACGUAUGAAUGAUAUUAUUCAAUUUGAAACUGAACUUGCAAUAGUUAAUUUACCUAUGGAAAUAUUACAAAAACCAAAAGAAACAUAUUAUUUAAUGAGUUUAAAACAAUUUCAAGAACAAUAUACAUCUAUAGAAUUUAAUAUAUAUUCAUUUUUAAAUGAUAUAUUUAAUAAAAAUACAUCAAAUUCAAUAAUAUUCAAUGAAAAUGAUAAAAUAAUUGUUCUUUCAUAUGAUCUUAUGUUGAAAAUAUCAAAAAUUUUAACAAAUUAUUUAUUAACACCAAAUAAAAGUCAUAUUAUUAUUGAUUAUUUAUUAUUUUCAUUUGUAUUUGAUAAAAUUUCAUAUUUAUCAUCUAUAUUUGAAAAAAUUCAAUUACCAUUAAAAAAAGAACUUUUUGGAAUAGAUACAAUAGUUGAACGAUGGGAAUAUUGUGUUAAACAAACAGAUUAUGCAUUUGGAUAUAGUCUUGGUUCUUUAUAUACUCGAACUAUAUUCGAUGAAACCGAUCGAUUAAAAGCUAAUGAAUUAGUAAAAAAUAUUCGUAUAAGUUUUGAAGAAAAUCUUAAUAAUCUUCAAUGGAUUGAUCAACAAUCAAAAAAUGAUGCAAAGAAAAAAUUAGAAAAAAUUAAUCAAAAAAUUGGUUAUCCUGAUUUUAUAAAAGAUCAAACAAAAUUAAACGAACAUUAUGCUGGUUAUUCAAUGAUUAACAAUGAAUAUUUUAAUAAUCAAAUUAAAGUAGAAUGUCGAGAACAUCGACGUAGAAUUUUAAAAUAUCAACAAAAAGUUGAUCAUACUGAAUGGCGUAUGACAGUACGAACAGUUAAUGCUUAUUAUUCUCCACCAUCAAAUGAAAUUGUUUUUCCAGCUGGUAUUCUUCAACCACCAUUUUUUCAUAAAGAUUUACCAUUAUCUAUUAAUUAUGGUGCUAUUGGAACAAUAAUUGGUCAUGAAAUUACACAUGGUUUUGAUAAUCAAGGUCGAGAAUAUGAUGGUGAUGGAAAUAUGCGUUCAUGGUGGACAAAUAUAUCUUUAGAUAAUUUUCAAGAAAAAACAAAAUGUUUUAUUCAACAAUAUUCAAAUUUUUCAAUUGAUGGACAAUAUGAAAGUGGACAACGAACAUUAAGUGAAAAUAUUGCGGAUAAUGGUGGUAUUAAAAUAUCGUAUUUAGCAUAUCAAAAACAUAAACAAUUUACAUUAAAUUCUAAUAAUGAUCUACGUCUUCCAGGUUUAAAUUAUAAUAAUAAUCAAUUAUUUUUUAUUGCAUUUGCUCAUACUUGGUGUGAUAUUCAAACUUCAAAUUCUUUACAUCAUGAUUUAAUAGAUGAUCCACAUUCACCUGCACGUUUUCGUAUAAUUGGAACAGUACAAAAUAGUGAUGAAUUUACCAAAGCAUUUUCAUGUCGAUCAAAGACAAUGAUGAAUCCAAGUAAUAAGUGUCAAUUAUGGUAG